CGGAAAUCGCAUUUAAAGCGUCUUCAUGGCGCUUUUUCGUAAAAUUUCCGUGAAAUUUAAACAUGCAUGUCAGUCUCAUAUUUUGUUAAGAGCUCGUAUGUCAUAUUCUUUACAUACAUUCUGUUAUUCAACGCACUGGGGUUAUGAGUGUGAUACUAAUUCCAUCAGCUGUUCUACACGCUAUGCUCAAAAACUUUUCCUUUCGCCAAACAUCAUAAACUAUGGUUGUCAAAAUCAUUACCAUGCCUUAAACCGUUUACCUGAUAAUGCCGCUGUAUUGUGCAGCGCAGAAACGAGUGCCGUCUGCAAUUUGUCGUGACCAUGCGACCCACACAGAAAAAACUUUAUUGUCAAUGGAUCCCACAGAAUUUUCUGAAUUCUUGAAAAGUAACAAGAUCACUCGAUGUUUUUUUAUUUGGAGUGAUUCCGAGAACAGAGUUGUUGCAUCCCAUACUGAACUACAAGAAAUUGAGGAUUGGCUGAAUGAUCCCCGUAAUCCUCAUUAUAAACAACAUGAAGCAAUAUUCUUGACUCUAGGUAUGCGAACGAAUAGUUUACAGGGAGCCUUUUUAUGGAAAAUCGAAAGGGGGCAAUCUUGUGGUGGUAUUAGAAUGAUCCCAUUUAAUUCUAUGGAACAUUAUAUUUCUGAAGGCUUAAUGCUUUCUCGACGUUUGGGCGUUAAGUCUGCUUUGGCAGGAUUGUGGGUUAGUGGAGGUAAAGGCUUAAUUUCAGAACCCAAGGAUCGACAGCACAUUCAGCCUGAAUUUCGUCAGAAAAUAUUCCUUGAUUAUGGAGAUUUUGUAACCUCUUUAAAUGGUUGUUUCAUUGCAGGUAUGGACAGUGGAGUCAAUACUUUUGACCUUUACAAUGUUCAUUCCCGUUCGAGAUGGGUUGUCUCAGGGCCUGAAGAUAUUGGAGGUUCUGGAAAUGCUGCUGUUCUUUUGGCUAGAGGACUUCUGUGUGCAAUGGAGGCAGCUUUAAAUUUUCUAGGAGCUGGUAACAUAAGUGGAAUGAAAGUGGCUGUGCAGGGAGCAGGUGGCAUAGGAUUAGCAGUUGCAUCAGGUUUACUUGAUCGUGGUGCUGCUCAUGUUUAUGUCACUGAUACUAGCAAAAAGAGCAUUGGAGACCUGCAUGAUGCUUUAAUAUCAAAAGCAAGAGGGCGUUUAAAAACUGAAAAGGUACCAAUAGGUGACAAUAACAUAAUUGGAUAUGAUUGUGACAUUUUAGCACCUUGUGCUGUUGGACAUGUUUUGACACCAGAUACAAUUUUAGAUAUUAAAGCCAAAAUAGUAUGUGGAUCUGCUAAUGCUUUGGUGAAAUCAGAUGAAGAUGCUAAGCUUCUGGCAGAGCGAGAUGUUACUUAUGUUCUUGAGUAUAUACCUAACAGAAUGGCUUUUGUAAAUGCUGCAUAUGAGAAUUAUGGUCGAAUGUACAAGGAUCCUAUAAUAGAACGACAUUUUGAUAAAGAGUGGGAACAUUCGAUAUAUUUUCUUACUCAAAAAACCUUGAGAAUGGCUGCUGAACAAAAUAUAACUGUUGUUGAAGCUGCCUAUCAGCUGGCAGAUGCUUACAGUCAGCAGAAACAUCCCUUAUGGCCUGACAGAACUAAGACUAUCAUUCAAAAUCUUAUAGCUGGGAAGUGGCAUCAUGGACAGGAUUUUUGGCGAAAACGUAGGAACUUUGCUAAAGCUGAUGACUGUUCAUAACAUUUUUUCUUAACUGUUUAAGGAAAGCAAAACCUUAUAAAAAAAUGCCAUAGUGAUAAACCUUUGUUAAACAACUAACUUGAGAGGAGGGGUUGAAAAGAAUCUCAGAGUAUGUUGUAGAUCUUUUUAUGUCUUUCACAUUUUUAUAACUGCUAGUUUAAGUUUUUUUUAAAUUUUAAACAUAUUUUAGAGUUUUUAUGUUUUCCAUUGUAGAAAAACUAUUCUGCCUAUUAAGGAAAAUACUCAUGAAUGAAAUUUACAUUAAAUUUCUAAUCGUGUACCUACAAUAUUUUCUGUUUUACAAGUUAAGAUUUUUUGUACGUUUAUGAGUGAUUAGUACUGUGUGUAAUUAAAAUGAAAUGGAAAGAAAAAUAGUAUUUUUGUUCUAAAUAUCUGUUAAUUUUCAGUUUUGUCUACAGUACAUAGUUUUGCUGUACACUUUUAAAUAUUCCUGACCCAUUCAAUAAAAUGAUCAAAAUUUUUUUAAAUGGUAACAUAUCUGAUGAACUUAAUUUUAGUUUUCAAAGCUAUUUUUAAUAAAUAAUUAGGCAUUUUCUUUUAUAUGCACUUGUACUGAAAUAUUGGGCUGAAAAUAUGCAAAUGAAUAUAUAAUAAACCUGAUGGUUCAAUUCAGCAGCCCCUUCUGCUUAUGAAAUACAUUUUGAAUGCAUUUCAGAUUUGUAUGUAGUUAAGAUAAGUUUGUUUGAUUUGUUUUGUUCAGUUUUACAUUCCUAGCAUUUUUCCAGUAUGUUUUAAGUUAUGUAAAAAAUAAUGUAUACUUAAAAACUGUAUUCAUACAAAUGUGUUAAAAAUAAAUUUUUCUAAUUGUU